GGCGCGGGGCGGGGCUCGAGAGGCUCGCGGCUUCCGGCCGGGCGGCCGGCCCAGGCUCGGGCUUCCGGUGGAGGCGAGCCGGGGCGGGCGGAGGCUGCUCUCGUGUGGCAUUUGGUGCCGGCUCUUCUGAGCGCCGCACUUCUCAACCGCUAACACCCAGCGCAGGCUUCCGCCCGGGCCCUGCAAACCCACCGAGCUGGUUCACCGCUGAGACUGGGCCUCAGCCCGGACCCGCCCCGUCGGUGGGGCCGGCGGGGCGUUUUUAGCAAGCUUUCCUGGCAUUUGUGCGCUCCAACGCAUUAAACCUGCUCCAGGGUGGCUGCGACCCCAGCCGUGCUAGAUAGCCGUCCCUUGACGUCUGCAGGCGGAACGAUCCACGCUCGGGCCGUCUCUGCGGGUUUUGAGCCCCGCCGAGUCUAACUAGCUGCAGGCCGUCUUUACGCAGACAUCAAGCGCAGCUGGACGUCCUCGCCCGUGAGCUGGCAGAGCCGGCAGGACCUUAGAGGGGACCGCUGCCGUGAUCGCGGCACUCCCCACACUCCGUCCGGCCCUGCUCUGGACACUUGACUAUGGUGAGGCGUUUAUCCCUCACCGCCGGCCUGUGUGCCGGCUUUCUUAUAGCCGUGCACACUGCAGCGCAGCGAAGUUGAGCGACUUCUCCCAAGUCACGCAGAUCCGGGAUUCGAACCCUGGUUCUACUAUCUCAAAGUUGACUCAAAACAGAGGAAAUGUGCGGGAGCAUGUGAAUAGUGCAUCAAAGAAACAGUAAUUAAGAGAAGAAGACAUUAAAAAAUCUGAAAGAAUGACAGCUGUUGUCCAUGACAGAGAAGUGGUCAUUUUCUACCACGAAGGAGAAUAUCACGCUAUGGAUAUUCGCUGUUACCACUCAGGAGGACCUUUACAUUUGGGAGAAAUAGAGGAAUUUGAUGGACGACCAUGUAUAGUUUGCCCCUGGCAUAAAUACAAAAUUACUUUGGCAACAGGAGAAGGACUGUAUCAGUCUAUAAACCCUAAAGAUCCAUCAGCAAAACCCAAGUGGUGCUCCAAAGGAAUAAAGCAGAGGAUUCACACAGUGACAGUGGACGAUGGGAAUAUUUAUGUGACUCUUUCUAAUGAGCCUUUUAAGUGUGACUCUGAUUUUUAUGCCACUGGAGUCUUCAAAGUAAUUCAGAGUUCUUCCUGAUAAAAUCUUUUGGCAUUAAAAAAAUGUGUAUGUUUUGAAAGUAUUUUUAGAAUAACCUUGCUUCAGUACCAAAGAUGAUUAACUUUUCCCAACACAGGCACAUUUAUUAUCUUUAACCAUCAUGUAAAUGAAAGGUUCAAAAGCACAUGUCCUUAGUGUGAUGUAAGGAUCACCAUCAGGAUCUAUACAGUACAUUUCAGCCAGUCCUCUGGAGUGAUUGGAAUCUGAAGGUUAUAGGCUUAGAAUAUGCAUUUUAAGACGGAUGAAAAUAAUUUAGAAUAACCAAAGUGAAGAAAAGGUUAAAAAAAUCAGAUCUACUAAGAAAAAUUUUGGGGUAAAAUCCCUACUUGAUAUAGCUGACUUUAUCAUGGAAAAAUUUUAAUGUAUACAAAGUAAACAGAAUAAUAAACUCCCAUCACCCACCUUCAACAAGUAUCAGCAUUCUUCCAUUCUUGUUUCAUUGAUGCCUGCAUUCACCACCUCCCCUACUGAUUGUUAUUAUAAUUUUUUAAGAUUAAAAUUUAAACACAUUGAAAUGCUUAAAUCUUUAACUGUUCAGUUUUUCCAAAUAUAUAGCAGACCUUUUACACUUAAAAAACACUUCCCAAAAUGGGAUCCGUUUACAUGCUGAAUUUAAAAAUAAGAAAUUUAAUUUGCCUGACAUCAAAACCAAAUAAACUUUGGCUCAAUUUCUCUCAGUUAAAGCAGACAGUUUUAAAUUAAGGAAGAUACACACAGCUGCUGCCCAGCCAUAAGAGAUGUGAAAUCUGUUCAGCAAGCCAAAGUACUUUGUGUGCCUGUAUGAAAUUUUCAAAUAAAGGUUUUUAAAAAAAUUUUUUAUAGAAUUUUCCAUAUACAUAUACAACUAAGUGUUUCAUGUAAAUGUUACAUAGAGAACAGAUACAGGGUGUUGUUCCUCAGAGUCUUUUCUUCUGAGUUCAUAGGCAGGGUUGAUGUUAAGUUGGUUCGCCCUGCUUUUCCCAUGCCGAUUAUUUAUGGCCAACACUGUUCUGGUUGCCUCGUGCCCACACUGUACUAUAAAACCCUGGCUACUGAUCAUCUAAAACUCAGCGGCACAUAAUAGAAUAUAAGAGUAAGUGGAACCAGAAAGAACUAGGAUGAACAGAUUAUUAAUUUGGAGAAAAGCUGUUUGUCAAAAUUGGAACUUAGUCUCAAACCACAGUAAUCUUCUUGUAACAUGGUACUGAAUUAAGGCUUAAUAUUCUAAAGGACCUACCUGGACCCUUACCCUUGGUUAUUGUAAAAUAAUAAGUGAAUAAAGUACGUAUCAUUAAGGCUGUGCUUACAGAGCCCUUUGCUACAUAUUAUUACAUUUUUUUCUGUUAUAUUGCUACAUGCUACCCAUAUUCCAACACGUGAUAUUCAUUAGACGAAUAAGGAGCCAG